AUGAAUAUCGAGUAUGGAGUUAAGUUUUUACCCUGGAGGAAGCAAGCCACCGCCAUCCAUCCACAUAAUUUACUAAUUUACUACGGAGUACUCCGUACGGAGUAUACUACUGGAGGUUGGAAUCAAACCGACAUUCGCUUUCCCUUAUUGUGA